AUGUUGGAGCUCAUGGCCAAUGGGUGGGGAUGCGGCGCUUAUGCGGGCACUCUUGAGCUGAUGGCAAGCUCAUGGUUGAUCUCUGACUUGCGGCUUGAGAUGUCAGAGAUGGACCAGCUGAUGCUCGAUGUUGCGAACAGUAACUCCUCGAAUCCCAUCGAAGACAUUGCAUGCAAGUGGAUCCGCUCCACCGACAGAUGGAGAGAAUGGAUCCCAGUUGUGACGAACUGUGGCCCGGGUUUCGGAUUUGCAAACGACGAGGGAGAGCACGUGCUCACACGGGCCGACGCCACUGGCUGCUCCCUUUGCCAGCCUGGUUCAUGGUCCGAGCUCUAUUCCGACGGGGACGGUGUCUCCCAUCGGUGCAUCCAGUGCUCGCAAGGGACGUUCCAAAACGAGGCUGGUGAGCUGAAGUGUGCAAAGUGCGCGCCCGGCUCGGUGAGCUCGACUACAGGAGCUGUUGAGUGCGAGCUUUGCACAGUGGGCAGAUAUGCCAACAGCAGCGGCAUGACCGAGUGCACCGCUUGCGACCCGCGCAAUCCAGAACUGACCACGAUCCAUGAAGUUGAUCUGGAUGGACGAGUGGAGCGGCUACAGUUUAAGGGCGCGUCCUCGGCAGAGUUCUGCACCUGUCCUGCGAGCAGCUUCCUGUACAAGGGCAAAUGCGAGAGCUGCCAGAGAGGCGCCAGCUGCCCAGGUACCGGCAAGAUAACUCUCAAUCCAGGGUUCUGGUCAGCAGAGGAGGAUCCCGGGUCGGUCUUCCAGUGCUUUGACACACCCGGCCGGUGUCCCGGUGGAGAACCUGGGAUGUGUGCCUUGGGCAGGGACACAGACAGCUUGGCCUGCAGUCUCUGCCUACCUGGUUGGUAUGAGCAGAUGGGUGUCUGCACCGAGUGUCGGAGCAGCGAUUACGUGUUCAUUGCAGGGACGAUGCUCGUGGUGACGACGGCCUUGGGCGUGCUGCAUUUCACGGUCCUGGGAACAGGAGGAAAAAACCGGCGAUCGUCGCAAAGCUUGAUUAUGACGGGCCUGGCCUUGUCUCAGAUGACAUUUUUCCUACAGGCCGGAAGUAUCCUUGAGCCGCUUUUCAGAUACCGUUAA